UUUAUAAAAAUGAUUCACGAAUCCUGGCAUAACGGCUCUGAUACCUUUCUUUUGUUGACGGAAUAAACACUCAAUUUUGGUCUUGGACGUGAAACCCCAGAGCAAGGAACAGUAGUUUAGGUGUGAUUCAAUAAAACUGUGGUAGAUUUGAAUUCUAACUUCUAAGGGAAUGUAUGAUUUGAUUUUGUACAAUAUGCCAACAUAUCGGGCCAUUUUACACUUGAGAGCUUUUAUGUGAGAUGACCAAGUUAAUUUUUCAUCAAGAAUCACACCUUAGAACUUAGCUUCGUUCAAGCGCAAGAUAUUUACGUUGUUUAUGAUAACUGGGGAGAGAUUAGGUAUCUUCUGUCGGGAAAAUAUCAUAUAAUUUGUUUUUUGAGAUUAAUAAGUAAUCUAUUGACAUCAACCCAUUUUACCAAAGAUUGGGACAGCAGGUUCAAUUGAUCUUUAAUCUCAUAUAUGUUGUUACCUGAUAUAAUAAUGUUGGCAUCAUCUGCGUAUAAGAUAAACUUUGCUAGUGUGCUUAUGCCAGGUAAGUCAUUAAUGUAUAGGACAAAGAGUAGAGGACCUAGGAUGCUACCUUGUGGUACUCCAUAAACAUAUUGUUUUCUAUUCGUAAGGUAUGACUUAAACCAUUUAUUAGCGAUGCCUCUUAUACCGUAAUGAUUAAGCUUGUGUAGAAGUAUCUUGUGAUCUACCAUGUCAAAAGCCUUUGAAAAAUCUAUGAGGAGGAGAAGAGAAAUUUGCUUUUUAUGUAAUGAGCUGAUGAGGGUAUGUUGCGCAUCCAAAAGUGCAUGUUCACAAGAUCUACCUGCCCUAAAUCCAUACUGUCGUUCAUAUAAACUUGAAUUUUGAUUCAAGAAUUCUACAAGUCUGGCAUGCAUAACUUUUUCGUAAAUUUUGGAAAAAGCUGCCAGUAAUGAGAUGGGGCGAUAAUUAGAGACUGCUGUUUUUGAGCCGUUUUUGUAUAUAGGAACAACUCAAGCAACUUUAAGUGCCUGUGGGAACACUCCCUCUUCUAGCGACUGUGAGAUUGUUCCAGUAAGUGCAUUAACAAAUUUAACAUCUUCAGAUGCUAGUUUGAGUGCACUGAUUUUAGUAUCUUUGGUACUUUUGUUUUUUAACUUUUUGGCAAUAUCAUAAACUAACUUAUGAACAAUUAUAUAUAAUAUAAUAUUAUAUAAUGAACAAUGUUGCAGGAGGUGGCUAAUUGCUUGGAACUACCUUUCAAAGGAUCUCAGCUCACUGUGAAGAAGCUAGAGAUUGAGAACACAACGUUAAAGGUAUCCUACGAGCUACCUUCUUCAGCUGAACAAAUGGUUCCAAGACACGUGACCAAGAUUGAAAUCAACGUUUUCACGGAGGACAAUGUCAAGCAGGCACCGUUUAUAGACCUUAACAGCUCCAAUGAAGCUCUAGAGCGCUGCGGAAGAACUGCGAUAACUCCAAAGCGACAGCGGCGGAUCACAGAGGUAAAUCAAAGGAAAGCUAAAAAGAAAGAGAGGAGAAGAAUGACGGACCCGGUAAACUAUUCUGUCUACAGGGACAGUCUCUCUAACUCUGUCUCAUAUCAGGGAUCAGACAGGAGGCCGAGUGUAACAAGUCACGAUUCUAGAAAAAGCUCAAUCUCUGGAUUUGUGGCUUCACUAAACGAUUUGAGGAAGGGUGCUUUAUCUCACGUAUCAGGACAGCUCACUAAAAUGGCAAAGUUGAAGUGCUCCCUGACAAUAGCGCUGAUAUUCAUAGCAGCUGUAGUUGGCUACUCUCCAAGAUUCUGCGCCAGCGUGUUAGACCUACUCCAGAUAGGUGUACCUGUGCAACUCUCUAUAGCUUCUAACAUUGCUAUUGCUUUCUGGCCAAUCUCCAACUCUCUGAUUUAUUGUUUUAGGAACAAAGAGAUUUUUACAGUAGUAUUUGGGAUCAGUGAUGGUAUGAAACCCAAACGAACACGUGCCCAUACGUGGCCAGGCUCUGAGCGUUAUUGAGACUAACUGUUAUGACUU